AUGUGUGUCUCCACCUCUGUGCUCGGGAAGGGGCUGACCACCUGGACUUUGUCUCGCCUGGAAAUCAUUGGCCUCAGGGGCUGGGCAGGGCCUGGCUCCCUGAUCCCUCCCCGUGGCAGACCUUCGUCCCCACAUCUCCGAGAGCUGUGCCAGGCCAGGGUUUGGGGUACUGCAGAGAGACCGUCUGUUCUGGCCUCUCUUCCCUGGCAGGGGUCGAUCCCCUGAGCUCCCAGGGACCUCACACCCUGACUGUUGCCUCCCACACCCCCAGGCAGAGCCAUCUGGGCAGGGCUGGUCAUCUCAGGCAUUGCGAGGCCGGGCAAUGGCAGUAGAGUAUGUCACAUACCAGGGCAUCAAGUUCCCCCCUGCAUAUAACUCUGAACAGAGCCUGCGCUUCGCCCACAAGGAGUUCCAGGUGCAGGAUGAUGAUGUCUUCAACGUCACCUACCCCAAAUCAGGCACAGUGUGGAUGAUCGAGAUCUUGAGCCUGAUCCGCAGUGGCGGGGACCCAGCCUGGAACCGAGCCGUCCUCAACUCCACCCGUGUGCCCUGGUUCACUACCCGCCUGGGGCUGGAGUCUGCACUGAGCUAUCCCCGACCCCGUCUGUUGACCUGCCACCUCCCCAUCCAGCUCUUCCCCACAUCCUUCUUUGGCUCCAGGGCCAAGGUGGGCCAGGUGGUCUACACACUCCGCAAUCCCAAGGACGUCCUGGUCUCCUAUUUCUAUUUCUCCAAGAUGUGCAGCUCGUACGAGGAUCCCGAGUCCUUUGAGCAGUUCCUGCGGGACUUUCUGAGCGGGGAUGUGCCCCACGGAUCCUGGUUUGAUCAUGUCAGAGGCUGGAUGGAAAUGAAGGGCAAAAAUAAUUUCUUCUUCAUCACUUACGAAGAGCUGCAGCAGGACCUGAGGGGCAGCGUGCGGCGACUCUGCCAGUUCCUGGAGCAGGAGCUGGAUGAGGGAGCUAUCACAUCGGUGGUGAAGAACGCCUCCUUCAGGGCCAUGCAGGAGAACAAGAUGUGCAACUCGACGCUACUCCCCGGGGACAUCAUGGAUCAGGAGAAGGGCACGUUCCUGAGGAAGGGCAUCUGUGGGGACUGGAAGAACCAUUUCACGGUGGCACAGAGCGAGGCCUUCGACAGGAUCUACCAAGACCAGAUGGGGGGCCUGAUGGAGGCGUUCCCAUGGAGUGCAUGUUAGGAAUGAACAGCGGAAAUAAAGCAAAGCAUGGAACCACCGGGAGCCAGGCUGAGUUACUGAGGACGGCUGUCUGCCAUGGUUCACACAGGCCAUGGGAGGGCAUGGCUCCGGCCUAGCAGGAUGGACCAGUGCCAGGAGCAUUGCCCGGCUCAGCUGUCCUCUGCCAGCACUGCCUCCAACACCCCUUCAUCCCAACAGGUGCCUGAGUCAGCCUGGCCCCAGCCUCCUGGGGCCCAUUGCAUCUCCAAUUGCCCCUGUGACUGUGUCCAGCUGCAGCCUCCACCCACUGCAGUGUGCUCUGUCAGUGUCUCCUGGAUUAAAGAUCCCUUGGCCCUGUGACAUCCCCCUGAACUUUCUCAGCAACCGCUACAUAGACUGAGCCCCUCAUGCUCGGUCACAUUCUGGGGGUGAGGGGUUGUGUCACCGCCUGCCCUGUAACUCUGGGUGCCUUAAAUGUUCUGUUGCUGAGGCUCACAAUCUGGACACCCAUAGCCAGCAGAUAAGCAUGCAGGGCCCUGAGUGUCUAUGUGCUGUUCAGCCCUGGGGCAGCGCUCAGGCCCCCAUAGCCUGCCUACAGCACAGCAGCCCCACCCUGCUCUCUGCCAGCUUGGUUACUAUGUGCAGGGGGACCCCAGCAUUUUCCUAGUCCCGAAUUUGCCCCAACCAUCUGCCCCACAGUGGCCAGCCCUCACCUGGCCAGCUCAGAGAAAUACCACAGCUGACUGAGCCUUUAGAGAGAGACAAAAGCACAGCCUCAGACUUUCACUGGAGUGAACAGUCACUUCACUUCAAACUCAGCUCUGGGCUGGUUUACAUUAAAAGCAAAAUGAGAUGAUUAAAUUAAAAGGUUUU